AUGCCGUUUCCUUCAAAAUAUGAUACGGAUACAUUACCUGAGGAAAAACUUUGGAAAGAAAGGAAAGAAGAACAAGAUGAUGAUGGUGAUGAUGACAUGAUAACACAGAAUAAGCCAAACUUUAUUGAAAGAAUACAUGAUGAGGACCAGUACUUUAACAGUGCCAAGCGAGGGAAGCGAUUGAGUGCACAGUAUCAAGGAGGAGGUCCCUUGGAUAGAACUCCUAGUAGAGAUAGCAUUAAGUCAUCUUUCCCCACUACAAACAGUGAAAGAUCCAAGAAACAAAAGAAAAAAGCUCCUCUUUCACUGAGAAGAACUUUAAGUAAUCUAUCAAUAACUAAUUCCGGUCAUACUGCAGGCCAUGACAAGGGAAAUGACUUUUCAUAUUCGCAACAUCAUACUGAUGUAAUGCCACCAAGAAAGCAUUCAUUUGCAGGAUCGUUGUUUAAGAGAUUAUCCAGUACUGGUUUAACUUCUGCAAAGCCUCCAAAAACGAAAGUAACUCCAAAGAAAGAAAAACUAGGAAAAGUUCAACCAAAAGCCACCACUGCAGUGGCUCCUCAUGCAAGUCCUGUAUCAAGUAUUACGUCUUUUAUUACAAGUAGAAGAGGUUCAAAAGAGUCUGUAUUACCUCCAAAUGUCUCCGAACACAUAUCUCCACAAGUUAAGGAAAAGGUCAACACAAUCACAAACACUCUGGAGCCUUCAGAUACCUCCCCCAUUAAAUAUAAUAACAACAAAGCUACAUCCAACAUGGUGCCAAGGCGAAGUUCUGCAAUACCGCCACUUUCAUCGACCAGUACUAGCAGGAGAAAUUCUGCCAUAAGUACAAUAAAUGCUAGCGAUAGAUCUAGUUCACAAACUUCAAAAGAUCAACCAGGAGAUACAAUAACGUCGUCUAAAGUACAGUCUUAUAAUAUAUUACCUGUUAAUACCAUCCAAAAAAAUAAUAAUGAAGAAGAUAAUGAAAAAGGAGAUUUAAAAGUUUUUAAUGACCUGGAUGAAAAAAUUGUAAAGAAUGAACCCCAAGAUAAUAAAGAAAAUGAAGAAACUCAACCAAAAUGGUUUCCUCUUGACACCAACUUAGAAGAUAUUACGGACAUUACAAAGCCUGUUGUAGAAAACGUUUCCAUCCCUCUUCCCGAGCCAUCUGCUCUUAAGCAAAGAAAUUCUGCCACUGGAGGAUCAAUAGAAAAUGACGAUAUAACUUUUAAAGCAAAUCAUAAUAGACUUUCAGCAAGAAAUGCACUGUUAAGCCCAAAGAAAUCGCAUUCAAUUGCUAACCUACCAGCUUGGAGCGGCUCAUCGAACAUAAAUAAUAUUCCUACAUUUUCUUAUAAAAGCACAAACCAAUGGAUUGCUCCUCAAAGUUGGGAUAUCGAUCAAGCAAGCUUACCAAAGAAAUCAAGAUCAAAAUCAAGGAAAGCUUUUAAGGAGAUCGAUCCACUGGCGGUCUCAGGAAGGGAUCGUAAACAUCACAGACUUAGAGGUAGGAAUUUCAAUUUACAUGAAGGUAAAGAUAAUGCGGAUAUAAAAGCCAACACUUAUUCUUUUCUUAAUAACACACCAACUUCAAAUUACCAGUAUGGAAAUGAGGAUGACUUUUCGGACUAUACUUCCGGAACAGAAAGCACGACUUCAUCUUCUUCCGAGGAAAAAGAUGAAGAUUUUUAUGAUAUCGAUAGUGAUGAACAUGAUAAUAGUAAUGUGCGAAGGGCACUGGUGAAAGAUGCUAAAAAGAGGCUGAUGUCGUCAACAGAACUUUCUGCUUUGGCGAGAGAAAAUAGUAAUGAAAAUAUGGCAGGACGUGUAAGGUUUAGUUUAGACGAUGAAAGAUUUGAUAAAGUGGAAUAUGAAUUAGAACGUUACUAUAAAGAUUUUAGUGACUUAGACCCAAAGAGACAUUAUGCCAUUCGUAUUUUCAAUACGGAUGAUACAUUCACCACAUUAUCUUGUACACCUGGCACAACCGUUGAAGAAAUGUUACCAACUUUAAAAAAGAAAUUUAACAUAACUUCACAAAGCAACUUUCAAAUAUCAUUAAAAGUUGGUAAAUUGUCAAAAAUUUUGAGGCCAUUGUCCAAGCCAAUUCUUGUAGAAAGGAAACUUUUGCUAUUGAAUGGUUAUAGAAAAUCUGACCCAUUACAUAUAAUGGGUAUAGAGGAUUUAAGUUUUGUUUUCAAAUUUCUCUUCCAUCCAGUAACACCCUCUCACUUCACUCCUGAACAAGAACACAAAUUGUUAAGAAGCGACUUCGUGCAUGUGGAUCUGAGAAAUAUGGAUUUGACUACACCUCCAAUCAUCUUUUAUCAACAUACUUCAGAAAUUGAGAGUUUAGAUGUAUCAAAUAAUGCCAAUAUUUUCCUUCCAUUAGAAUUUAUACAGAGCACCAUUAAAUUAUUAAGUUUAAGAAUGGUGAAUGUUAGGGCAUCAAAGUUUCCUGCUAACAUAACGGAAGCUUAUAAACUUGUUUCGUUAGAAUUACAGAGAAAUUUCAUUAAGAAAGUGCCAAGUUCAAUUUCAAAAUUGGGAAAUUUGACUAUUUUAAAUCUUCAAUGUAAUGAGCUGGACAAACUACCAAACGGAUUCGUGCAACUGAAAAACUUACAAUUACUAGAUCUCUCAUCAAACAGGUUUGUUCAUUAUCCAGAAGUUAUAAAUAGCUGUACCAAUCUACUUCAAGCUGACUUAUCCUAUAAUAAAAUUCAAUCUUUGCCUGAAAGUAUCAAUCAAUUGGUAAAAUUGGCAAAGAUCAAUUUGUCCCACAAUAAGCUUACCACAAUUACAAGUUUGGUCAGUAUGAAGAGUCUAAGGACCUUGAAUCUGCGCCAUAAUAGGAUAACCUCCAUGAAAACUGAUGCAUCAAACUUACAGAACCUGUUUUUAACCGAUAAUAGAAUUUCCAGGUUUGAAGAUACUCUGCCUAAAUUGCGCGCUUUAGAAAUACAGGAAAAUCCCAUCACCUCAAUAUCAUUCAAAGAAUUUUACCCUAUGAAUAUGACAAGUUUAUCUUUAAAUAAAGCACAACUGUCCAGUAUUCCCGGUGAACUCUUCACUAAUUUAACAAGACUAGAAAAACUAGAAUUGAACGAAAAUAAUUUAAGUAGACUUCCACCGGAAAUCUCUCUGUUAAGCAAACUAAUCUAUCUUUCUGUCGCUAGAAACAAACUUGAAUGCUUUCCGCCCAAUUUUUCACAGCUAACUAGUUUAAAAUCAUUGGAUCUUCAUUCUAACAAUAUUAGGGACUUUUAUGACGGGAUGGAAGAUAUUGAACUGAACUUUCUAAAUAUAUCUUCUAAUAUGUUUGGUACCCCAAGUCUCGAAAAACCAUUCUAUCAGAACAUUUUGAAUGGAGCCAAGUUGUCAAAAAGUUUACUAUUUUUUAUUGCAGCGGAUAACCAAUUUGACGAUGAUAUGUGGCCCUUUUUCAACUCUUUUUCAAACUUGCAGCUGUUGAAUUUGUCAUAUAAUAACUUUAAAAAUGCUUCUGCUUUAAAGCUACAGAGCUUAACUGAACUGUUUUUGUCUGGAAACAAGCUUGCAACCCUCUCAGGUGAUAGUUUUUUAAGAUGGUCUCAGUUGAAGACCCUCAUGUUGAAUAAUAACCAGUUACAAACCUUACCUGCCGAAUUAUCACAUCUUUCUCAACUUACAACGCUUGAUGUGGGUUCUAACCAGCUCAAAUACAAUAUUUCUAAUUAUCACUAUGAUUGGAAUUGGAGAAACAACAAGGAUUUGAAAUACUUAAAUUUCUCAGGGAAUAGAAGAUUUGAGGUAAGAUCAUACUUUGACGAAACACUUGGUGCAGAUUUAUCUGAUAUGACUGAAUUGAAUAACUUGAAGGUGCUGGGUUUGAUGGAUGUCACGUUAAAUACGACCAGAGUUCCUGAUGAAAGUAGCAAUUUCCGUCUAAGAACUACAGCAUCAGUAAUCAAUGGUAUGCGAUAUGGUGUGGCUGACACCCUGGGUCAGCGUGACCAUGUAUCUGUCAGAGAUGUAACUUUUGAAAGAUUUAGAGGUAAGGAUGAUGAAUGUUUGUUAUGUCUACACGAUGGUAAAAAUCAAAAUGCCGAGUAUGGCCACAAUAUUUCUAGAAUUGUUAGAGACAUUUACGAUAAAAUUCUAAUUAGGCAACUAGAGAAAUACGGGGAUAAUAAUGAUGAAAAUAUCAAGAAAGCAUUACGUUUCAGUUUCUUACAGUUAAAUAAAGAGGUUAACGGGAUGCUCUCUUCCGUGGAUAAUGGCACCAAUGUGGAAAACUUAACAUCUGCAGAUUUGUUAAGUGGUGCUUGUUCUACCAUUAUUUAUAUCAAAGGUAAAAAAAUGUUUACAGCUAAUAUAGGUGAUUGUAUGGGUGUACUAUCGAAAUAUAAUGGGGACUACCAAAUUUUAACAAAAAGACAUGUUCCAUCUAAAAGGGAGGAGUAUGAAAGAAUAAGACUUUCUGGGGGAUAUGUUAACAAUGACAGAUUGGAUGGUGUAGCUGACGUUUCAAGGGCAGUGGGAUUUUUCGAUUUACUGCCUCAUAUUCACGCCUCACCUGAUAUUUCAAUGGUUACACUAAGCAAAGCUGAUGAAAUGCUGGUAGUAGCAACACAUAGACUUUGGGAUUACAUGGAUGUAGAAACGGCCUGUGAUAUAGCAAGAGAAAAUAGUACCCAGCCUAUGCUUGCUGCUCAAGAAAUGAAAGAUCAUGCAAUUGCAUAUGGAUGUUCAGAAGCCAUAACUAUUUUAUGUUUGGCAUUGGAUAAAAGCACUGAAGGUCAAAGGAAAUUUACUGUUAAUAAAAAUUCAUUAAUGACCAGAAGAACUACUUUCGAAGAUACUACACUAAGGCGAUUACAACCAGAAAUUUCCCCACCAACUGGGAACCUAGCUGUUGUCUUCACAGAUAUUAAAAAUUCAACACUUUUGUGGGAAUUAUUUCCAAAUGCAAUGCGUACAGCAAUAAAAACCCACAAUGAUAUUAUGCGUCGUCAACUUAGAAUUUUUGGUGGUUAUGAGGUCAAAACAGAAGGUGACGCAUUUAUGGUGACGUUUCCGACCCCAAUAGGAGCGCUAGUGUGGUGUCUCAGUGUUCAGCUAAAAUUGCUGGAUGCUGCUUGGCCACAAGAAAUAACAAGCAUUCAAGAUGGGAGCCUUGUAACGGAUGAGCAAGGGAACAAAAUAUAUCAAGGCCUCUCUGUGCGUAUGGGUACUCAUUGGGGUUGCCCUGUUCCUGAACUUGAUCUGGUAACGCAAAGAAUGGAUUAUUUAGGACCUGUAGUGAACAAAGCAGCAAGAGUUUCGGGUGUAGCCGAUGGUGGUCAAAUUACCUUGAGUAGUGAUUUCAUUUCGGAGUUCAACAAAAUCAUGGAAUAUCACAAGGAGGUAGUUAACGACAAGAAAUCUUUAAAAGAUGUUUACGGAGAAGAAAUUAUUGGAGAGGUUUUAGAGAAGGAAAUAGCAAUGUUAGAGAACAUUGGUUGGGUAUUUUUUGAUCAUGGGGAACAAAAAUUAAAAGGCUUAGAGACAAAGGAGCUUGUCACUAUUGUAUAUCCUAAAUCUUUAGGAUCCAGACAUAAUUUUUCCUCUGAAACUGAGGAUUCUAAAAGCGUUGAUCGAGAUCUCCUCUUUAAACUAAGGACUCUUUCAAACAGGUUAGAAUGUGUCACAUCCGCCGUUAGUGGUGGUACGCUUGAGGUUGAAGCUCAUCUUGAGGAUAAUACUUACGUUACUUUGGACGAUAGGUCUCGAAAUGCGAUCAUGAGUGCAAUAUCGGACCGAGAAGUUGUUUCCUUUUUAGACCACUUAGUUACUAGAAUUGAAUCUAUGGUUUCGUUAUUACUAGUUCGGCAAAGGUUGACCGGUUUAGACGUUUAUUACGGAUCAGAUCCUCUACAUUCUCCCCAGUCUAUCUUCGACAUAGUAGACAUAGUAUUAAAAACUUAUGAGGAGGGCGAGAAUCCUCAUUAA